AUGGCCACAACCAGCGCUGCCGAGCGUGUUUUCCGCACGACCGAGCUACUCGAGAAGAUCCUUCUCGAGACGAUUGAGAAGCACGAUGUCGCAGGCGUGAAGAGUGUGCUUUACAGCCAGAGAGUGUGUGAGUAGAAGCAGUUGUCUCGCUCAAGCUAACUCGAGUGAUCUACAGGUUAGCAAGCAGUUCCGUGCCACCAUUCGAGGCUCCAGCAAGCUCCGCAAGAUCUUGGGCUUCGAGGGCGGUCUGCCGCUCUGCACCUGUGACGCCAGCUGCGGCUGGUUCCUCAACUGCUACAACAAGAUCUUCCACUCUCACAAAGUCAUCCGCUACGGCAGAAUCGCCUUCGACAUAGGCACCAGCAAUGAUUACUCAGCCGUGGUCUUCACCUACUUCGGAGCCCGUUGGAACACGGAGGACAUCAAAGGCUCCUGGCGUGAGAUAGUGAUUAUCCCCGCCGGCAAGCAGGUCAAGGCCAUCCACCUGCACAUGUUCAUCAUGCCAAGUCGGGUCGGGGCCGUGGUGGACGCGAAGGAGACGGUGAAGUGCGAUGUCAAGGGACCUGCAACGAUUGGAAAGCUAUUGGAUCAGGCCAAGGGCUGCUCGCUGACUUCGACUGAUGAUGGUCUGUUGAGAGAGUCUUCCGCGGACUGA